GACCCAGCAAAAUCGUAUCGAUUGCACGGGUGUUUCGUGGGGAAAAUUGUUCCUAAAAUGAGUCUAUUUCUACGUUCGGUAGUCAGGACUGGUGCCACGCAAUGGAUGCGGGCAUCCCUCUCAACGUCAUCGAUUGUUUACAAGGACCCAAAGGCGCAGAAGGAAGCACCGAUACUAGACGUGAGCGUUGUGCUUGCCAACGAAGAGGAGCGUGCCCGCGAUCAUCUACCUACAAUAACUGUCCCUACGAAGGUUGAUCUCAGCCCGAUCAGCGGUGUGCCUGAGGAGCACGUAAAGGAGCGUCGUGUACGCAUCUUCAUGCCGGCCAAGAACGCCAUGCAGAGCGGUACGGAUAAUAUUCAACACUGGAGCAUCGAAUUCGACAACCGCGAACGAUGGGAAAACCCCCUCAUGGGCUGGUCCUCUACCGGAGACCCGCUGUCCAACAUGCACGUCGAUUUUUCUACCGCUGACGAAGCGAUCACGCACUGCGAAAGGAACGGUUGGAGAUGGUUCGUCGAUAAUCCCGAAAUCCAGAAGAAGCACCGUGUGAAGAACUACGGCAUCAACUUCUCGUGGAACAAGCGCACUCGUGUUUCCACCAAGUAAAGCCACGUCGUUGUAGGACGCGCAAUGCGCCGCAAGCACGUUCACCGAGAAGACGUACGCAUUCGCGGUGAUCGUUAUUACGCUGUUAGCUCGUUGUAAAUAAGACACUCAAAACCCGUCUGAAUCAAACCUUUGAUAAACUGUU